CUGGAGGGCCAGGGGGGCCGGAGCCCCCGCUGAGGUCAGCCCGGGGAGCAUUGUGGGUCUGCCGGUCAGAAUGUCCUCCUGGGUCCAGGUUGACGACCACGCGUCUAAGAGAGGAAGUACAAUCUGGUAAAUAACGGGGAGUGACCAUCAUCCUUGCGGGGGUCGCACCGGCCGCGAACCCUUCUUGGUGGAGAGCAGUGGUGGACGUCAGAUAGUUCACGCCUGAGUCGCUUUACGAACAGCUUUAACUAAGGGGACGUUAGUUCGGACAUGGAGAGGAGGAAGCUCCGCGUGAGGCUGGAGGCCAGUAGCAGCGAGGGGGGAGAAACCUGGAGACCGAGGAGGUCCCUGCGCCUUAAAGGAGCCGGCAGACGGCCGCUCGUGGAGGACCCAGAUGUGUCGGACAGUGAGCCAGAGGACAGGCCGGAGAUGGAGCCGAAGGACGCUCACCUGCCUCCGGCUGAUGACGCAGUGGAACAGGGGAAGGACGCUCGGGUUCCGUGGUCGUGCGCCGUGGUCCUCGACCGCCUCUCGCCCGACGACGAGAGCGCCGCCAGAGACCUGGAGGAGCGCGAGGAGAUGAGCCGCAGGGGGGGCAAGACGCUGGUCUCCCGGAUCCCCACCUUCCAGAACAGCCUGGGCAAGAAGCGGCCCCCCGGGGGGGGGGGCCCCAGCGCCGAGUCGCCCCUCCCCAGGAAGGACCCCCCGGCGGCGACCUCCGCCGACGUGCCGAAGUCGAAGCUCCCCGGGGCGCGGGAGCCAGCCGCCGCCCCCCUCCACCACCAUCAGCCAAUCAGCACCCUGCUACCCAGAUCGACCGCGGCGGAGUGGGCCCCAACGCCGCCCGCCGAGGGCCCCAGGGCCUCCGAGCCGUACCAGUACCUGACCCUGACGCCGCGCCCCGUCCUGAGGGCGGCCCCCCGGGUGCCGGAGGUCACCCCGGAGCCCACCCCGGAGCCGGAGGAGGCCCCGCCCCUCGGCCUCACCGAGGCGCCGGGGGCCCGGAGGGUGGAGGGGGCCCCUGCGGGUUGGUCGGGCCUCCGUGACGGAGACACGCAGGCCCACCGGGAGGGGGUGACCCCCGCCCCCAGAGAGCUGUGGGACUCGGCCCGGGCCGUCGACAUCGCAGACGAGCUGCCGCCGUGGGGGUCGGAGCCCUGGCAGGACGACCCGGUGCUGGAGGAACCAGAGGGGGGGGAACCAGAGGUCCAGGACCCUCAGCCGGUCAAAGACCCUCAGCCGGUCAAAGACCCUCAACCGCUCCGAGACUCCGAGGCCGAGAAGCCCGCCCCGAGGGCUCCGUCCGAGUUGGCUGCGGAGAACGGGAGCGGGCGCCGACAGCGCGCCCCCCAGGGGGAGGGCCUCCGCCGGCGGGCCGCCCCGGCGGAGGUCCGGUGUGAGCUGCACCAAGCCACCAAACCCCCCGCUGAGUCCCAGAGGAAGAGGCCCGCGGCCGCCGAGCCGAGCCGCCCCACAGCCAAGAGGUCCGGCUGCUGCAUCCUGGUCCUGUUCUGCCUGCUGCCCGCCGCCCUGCUGCUGGUGGGGGGCCUGGGGCAGCACGCCUGGCGGUAUGGCCUGCCCCGCUCCACGGACCACCUGCUGGCCCAGCUUGAGAUGCACCGCCAAGAGGGCCUGGAGGGCUGGGGCCUGGCCGGGGAGCCCUGCAGCGCAGACUGCAGCGUGCGUCUGGUGGAGAGCGUCCCCGUGGGUCUGUACCCCACGGGGGUACCCCCCGGCCCCCUACCCAGCGUCUCCGAGGGCUGGCUGCGUCUGCUGGGCCGGGCCAGCGGCUCUCUGUCCAUCGCUGGGUUCUACGUGACGCUGAGGGACCACGAGGACCACCCCGACCCCACCGACGCCCAGGGGCGGGAGGUGUUCCAGGAGCUGAGCCGGCUACCGGCCAGAGGGGUGCGUCUGCAGGUUGCCGUCAACGCGCCUCAGAGCUCCACUGUGGACACGGCCGCCCUGGCCGCCGCCGGGGCGGAGGUGAGGGAGGUGGACCUCCAGGCCGUGACGGGGGGCAUCCUGCACACCAAGCUGUGGGUGGUGGACACGCAGCACCUCUACCUGGGCAGCGCCAACAUGGACUGGCGCUCCCUCAGCCAGGUGAAGGAGGUGGGCGUGUCCGUGGAGGACUGCAGCUGCCUGGCCCAGGACGCCGCACGUAUCUUCGGGGUCUACUGGGGCUUGGGGGCGGAGAAAAACGUCUCGCUGCCGCCCUAUUGGCCGGCCCGCCUCUCGGCUCUGUCCAGCGCCCAGCAGCCGCUGAACCUGAGCCUCAACGGCGUGCCUGCACGCGUCUAUCUGUCUAGCGCACCACCCCAGAUCUCAGCCCGCGGCCGCACAGACGACCUGUGGGCCAUCCUGUCCGUCAUCUCCGACGCCCGCCGCUUCGUCCACAUCUCUGUCAUGGACUUCCUCCCGACCUCCCAGUUCUCGGUGCCGGGCCGGUUCUGGCCCGCCAUCGACUCGGCGCUGCGUGAGGCGGCGUGUAUGCGCGGCGUGGAGGUCAAGCUGCUGGUGAGCUGCUGGCCGCAGUCGCCGCCCGCCAUGUUCGUCUUCCUGCAGUCGCUGAGCGUCCUGGGCCGCCCGCCGCUCGGCUGUCGCGUCCACGUGAAAGUGUUCACCGUGCCCUCCACGCCCGAGCAGAUGAAGAUCCCCUACGCUCGCGUCAACCACGCCAAGUACAUGGUGACAGAUCGCGUGGCCUACAUAGGUACGUCCAACUGGUCGGAGAACUACUUUGUGCAGACGGCGGGCGUGGGGCUGGUGGUGAACCAGACGGGCUCGGCCGUGGGCCCCGGCCAGGCCACCCUGCAGGGGCAGCUGGACGGGGUGUUCAACCGGGACUGGACGUCCUCGUACACCAGCGCGCUCCCCGACGACCGGACAGACGUCUGUCCGCUGCUCCGCCACUGAUGACGACCGGACAGACCGUCUGUCCACUGAGCAGACGAUCGGACAGCCUUCCAUCAGAACGCCUUUCUUACUGCAUACGUUGAAACCUAUCGAACACUUGGCACUACUUGCUGGCUUUUUAUUUACCGUUUACAAAUGUUUUCUUGAAGAUAUCAGCAAUAUGGAAGUGUUUGAAAUCCAAUUGGUAAGGAAUAUUUUUUAUAAUGCCUGGCGCAUUUUGUAUAUUUGCUUAUUGUUUGCAAAAGAAUCUGUACAAGGUUAUGCUUGAAAAAUAAAAGGCUGGACAAGC